UUUGCUUAAAUAAUAAUAAUGGCGAAGAGGACAACGAUCAACAACGGAGACUUAAAGCUCUCGGGAAUAAAAUCUCCGGGAUGUCGCCGGCGACGAAAGACGCCGGAGCUCGCUCUCAGCUUCUCCCCAAGCUCGGUUCUCUGGCGCCCGACCACGAGUGCAGAGGCGCGUCCGUUACCGGCGCGGUGUUCAAUGUGUCGACCAGCAUCAUCGGCGCGGGGAUCAUGUCGAUUCCGGCGACUCUCAAGGUCCUUGGCGUGGUUCCCGCGCUCGCACUCAUCGUUGGCGUGGCUCUGCUCGUCGACGUGUCCGUGGAGUUCCUGAUGAGGUUUACGCACUCCGGGGAGGCCACGACGUACGCCGGCCUUAUGGCGGAAUCGUUCGGACGUUUCGGAUCGGUCCUGGUGCAGAUUUGCAUCACCGUCUUGAAUCUCGGUUGUUUGAUUGUUUAUCUGAUAAUUAUCGCGGAUGCCUUGUCGGGAAAUCAGCCGGCGGGGUCCACGACGGUGCACCUGGGAGUGCUGCAGGAAUGGUUCGGCGUUCAUUGGUGGAAUUCCCGCGCCUGUGCUCUCCUGUUCCUCCUUGUCUUUGUCCUGCUUCCGCUCGUGUUGUUUAGGCGCGUGGAAUCAUUGAGGUAUAGUUCGGCAGUAGCUGUUUUUCUGGCGGUGGUGUUUGUUGGGAUAAGCUCGGUGUUGGCAAUUUCUGCACUCUUUGAAGGCAAAACAAAGAGCCCAAGGCUCCUACCUGACAUGGACGGUGCCAAUGCCUCUGGCUUUUUUGAGCUCUUCACAGCUGUUCCUGUCAUCGUCACAGCUUUUACAUUCCAUUUUAAUGUACAUCCAAUUGGAGCUGAGCUUGGCAAGCCAUCUGACAUGAUCUCGGCUGUCCGAAUCUCACUGGUACUGUGUGCCAUGAUCUACUUCACCAUAGGUUUCUUCGGGUAUCUUUUGUUUGGGGACUCAAUCAUGCCAGACAUACUUGUAAAUUUUGAUCGGAGUUCUGAUACAGCAAUCGGUGCAGCGCUAAAUGAUGUAGUCCGGUUAAGCUAUGCACUCCACCUGGUGCUUGUGUUCCCACUCGUGAACUUCUCUAUGAGAGCCAAUAUAGACGAGCUUCUUUUCUCCAAGAGGCCUCUUCUGGCAGCAGAUACCACCAGAUUUUUGUCCCUCACUUGUGUUUUGCUAGUUUUCUCUUACCUUGCAGCCAUAUCCAUCCCCAAUAUAUGGUAUUUCUUUCAGUUUGUUGGGUCAACUUUUGCAGUCUGCGUUGCUUUCAUCUUCCCAGGGGCAAUUGUUCUGAGGUACAAACUCUCUCUCUCUCUCUCUCUCUCUCACGUACACACACACUCACUUGUCACUUGUACUAGAAUGUGGGUUCAUGUGAAUCUACUUGGAGAAAAAUUAUUGAGAUAUUGAGAUUUGUAUGUUGUAAAUCUAUCUUGGUUAAAAUAUUUGCAUAGUCCAUGGAGUUCCACAUGCAGACUUUGUUAAAUGGUUGGGUUGAGUUGCAAACUUUGCUCCAAUCCAACCUACAUAAAGAACAGAUCAGGCUCAACCCACCCAUUUGACAAUACUAAAAAAUAUAUUGCAGUAUUGCACAUAGAAAAAACACACGAUCCAUACAAAUGGUUCAAAUUGGUCAAAUUCAAACUGAGCUAGGUCGCUCAAGCUCAGCCUACACCACACUGUCCAAUUGAAAAUCGCAUACAUCCCCACCUCAACCUAGUACCAAGCCUGGGCAAUUUAUCAUAGUAACUCGGACUGUAACACAAAUUCUACUGCUUGAAAGAGUUUAGAGUUCUUUUGGAGUUGUAUAUUCUUGAAAACAUCUGCUUAAUCUGAUUCCCCUUCUCUUUUUUUCAAUGGCAGAGAUGUUCAUGGCAUAUCUACAAGAAGAGAUGAGGUCAUGGCCACAACAAUGAUAGUAUUGGCUGCUGUAACAAGUAUUAUUGCCAUUUCCUCUAAUUUAUAUAUAGUGUGAUUGGAAGCAAAUCAUAAUUCCCCUUCCCUCUGUUUGUGGGUUUGUGCUUGAUCGAUUGUUUUAAUUGUAUUAUUGUGUAAUAUUCAAUUGUUUGUAUCAUAGAAUUGAAUAGAGCUCCAUACAUUGAUACAACAAAUUAUAUGCAUGCAUCGAGAAAUAUAUUUUCUUCUUUUGGUGAGUUAAUGAACAA